AUGUCGUUCCUUCGCCUGACUCUGCUGGUCUGUCUGGUCGUGCUCGCGGUGGUGACGUCCGCCGUCGUCGGAGUUGUGGUCGAGAGCGACUGGUGCGACGACGUUCAGGCCGUGCACGUCCCCGUCGCCAUCUCCAAGGGCUCGCCCAUCACCACCGGCAACGGCACCGCGUGGACCGACGCCGGCGCCAGCGUGUGCACCCCGGUCACCUCGAUCGACAGCGUCUGGCGCAGCUACUUCACCUUCAACCCCGACGGCCCCGGCACUGUCAAGGUUCAAUGGGACGACAGGUUCUUCUUCGAGUUCGUGGUGGACCUGCCGCGCAAUGUGUGCAACGGCUCGUUCUCGAGCCCGGACAAGCGGGCCGUCGGCGGGUGCUACCCGUGCCAGCUCUACACCUCCAGAUUCGAAUGCUACUUCUACUGGCUGGGCCACUAA